AUGGAGGCGGUGGAAGACACCACGCUGGAGGCCGCGAUUGGGUGGCUUACAGAUACAAUCCUCGCAAAUCUCCCAGCCGGCGGCAAGCUGGUUUCCUGGAUUCGCCAAGCUGGCCUUGGCAACGACGUGGAGGAGCUCAAGUGUGAGGUGGAGGCAGUGGAGAUGGUGGUUUCUGCUGUGCAGGGGAGGGCGGCCGGAAACAAGCCGCUGACCCGAUCUCUUGCUCAUAUCAAGGAGCUGCUCUACGAAGCUGACGAUGCGGUCGAUGAGCUCGACCACUACAGGCUACAGCAGGAUCUGCAACCAGAGACGCUGCUCGAAAUGGAUGGACACGGAACUCAGCAAGUUGAGAGAUCUAGAGAAAAUACUGAUGAUGUACAGAGUAGCAGCAAUGGCAAUGGCAGGUUACGUUCCAAGGAAUGGAAUCACUUUGACAUCACAGAGUUUGAACAAAACGGAGGUCCUGCCAAAGCAAAAUGUAAGUACUGUAAAACAGAGCUUAUGUGCACAACCAAAAAGGGGACAUCAGUUUUGCGCAAUCAUCUCAAUAGCAAAGGUUGUAGCAAGAAACGUGGAGCAACUCACCCUUCUUCAAGCACUGCUGAUGCUACUAUGAUUCCUACGCCUGUGGCAGCUGGUAAUUCGUCCAGCAGGAAAAGGUUGAGAACCAGUCAGGAGUUAACACACAUCACCACAGCUAACCCAAACGGUUGGAACAAGGAUGCAUUUUUCGAAAGGAUACAAGACAUCACCAGUCAGCUGCAAGUCAAACGAGAGGCAAUCACAAAGCUUCUCAAAAUACUUGGGUCAGACUCUGGUGGUGCAAGUUCUAAUCAUCACUGUCAUAUUACAAUCUCAGAUGCACGCCGAAGAACAUCAGCUCUUGUUCAAGGGAAAGUGUAUGGGAGAGCUCAAGAGAGGGGAUCCAUCAAAACGUUGAUAAAAAAACACAGAUCAACUGAAGCUGUAACUGUUCUGCCUAUUGUAGGCAUAGGAGGAGUUGGGAAGACAGCUCUCGCUCAGCUUGUAUAUAAUGAUCCAGCUUUGGAAAGUCAAUUUGAUCACAAGAUAUGGAUUUGGCUUAACAACUUUGAUGAAAUGAGACUCACAAGAGAGAUGUUAGAAUGCGUCUCCCAAGAAUCACAUGAUGGACUAUACAGCUUUCCCAAGCUUCAGGAGGUCUUGAAGCGUCAUUUUAAAUCAAAGCGGGUUCUACUCAUAUUAGAUGAUGUGUGGGAAGACAUGGAUGAUUGCCAAUGGAAGAGAUUAUUGGCUCCUUUCAAGUCUGACAAUGCAAUGGGCAACAUGAUAAUCAUGACAACUAGAAAGCCGUCCGUUGCAAAGAGUAGAGGUACAAUUGGACCAAUUAACUUAGGUGCUUUGGGAAAGGACCAUUUUUGGCAAUUGUUUAAAUCAUGUGCGUUUGGUGACGAAAAUUAUGAAGCGCAAGCAAGUCUAAGUGACUUAGGACAAGAAAUAGCACAAAAGUUAAAAGGGAACCCAUUAGCAGCACAAACUGUCGGGGCACUAUUAAGAGAUCAUCUUACCGUCGAUCAUUGGAGUAACAUUCUGAAGACUGAAGAUUGGAAAUCCCUGCAACACACUGGUGGCAUCAUGUCUUCUUUGAAGCUUUCAUAUGAUGAGCUGCCAUACCCUGUACAGCAAUGCUGGUCAUAUUGUUCUAUAUUCCCCUAUGAUUAUGAAUAUCCUGCUGAGGAUCUAGUUCGUCUUUGGAUUUCUCAGGGAUAUGUGAAGCAUGAUCAUUCAAGUAAGAGUUUGGAGGAGAUAGGACGGUGCUAUCUGACUGACUUGCUGAACCUGGGCUUGUUUGAACAGGUUGAAAGAGAUAUGUUCUCUCUUGGUCGCCUAAUGCAUGAUUUUGCAAGGCUAGUUUCAAGAACCAAGUGUGCAGUUUUUGAUGGUUUGCAAUGCAAUGAAAUUUUGCCAACUGUACGCCAUUUCUCUAUAUUAACCACUUCUGUAUAUAUGUGGGAUGAUCAGACUGGGAACAUACCUCGCAGUGAGAGGUUCGAAUUUUUAUUGCAAAAUAUAGUCACAUCAAUGAGAAAACUGAGAACAUUGGUGCUAAUUGGGGAAUAUGAUUCCUUUUUCUUCAAAGCAUUUCAAGAUGUAUUUGAAAAGGCACAGAAUCUGCGUCUACUGCAAAUAUCUGCAACAUCUGCUGAUUUUAAUUCCUUCCUGUGUAGCUUGGUAAAUCCUACACGUCUUCGGUAUCUAAACCUUGAUGAUGGUUAUACUGAGCAGAAGGCUUUGCCUCAUGUUUUGAGAAAGUUUUUUCAUCUUCAGGUAUUGGAUAUUGCUUUCUUUAAGUCAUUGCAUACGCUUCAUCUCGAGGAUUGUGGAGAAUGGAAAAUACUUCCAUCUCUGGAAAUGCUUCAGUUUCUUAAAAGGUUGAAGUUGAGCAACAUGCAGAGAGUAAGAGAAGUGUUGGUUCCGCCAUUGGAAGAGCUGGUUUUAGAUGGAAUGCUAGAUUUACAUAUAUGUUCCUGUACUUCCAUGGGGAUAUGA